AUGGCGCCGCUCGUCGACAACUCGCAAAUCAGGUCGGCCGAGCUCCUGACGCCCUUGCCUCUGUAUUUGCACACCUACGUCUGGCCUUUCGCAAUACUAUGGCCCAUCUUCCUGCGGUACUACCUUACUACCGACUUAUACGAUAAAUACAUCCAGGCCCCCGAAUGGACCUUCGUCUGGGUUGGCACAAUCGUUACCCUGCAGAGCUUGGUUUGGCUCUGCACCCACUGGAGCGUCAACUUGAAGGCCACCUUCACGGCCAAGAGAGGCCGCUCAGUCCAGGAUGCCGAGCUUAUCAAAGUUAUCCCCAUGGCAAACGCCGGGGCCGCUGACAUCUGCAAGCUCGUGCGCGACAAGGUCGGAGGCAAGACGAACAUCUCUUUCCUUUUCCAGAAGCGCCGUUUCCUCUACGAGCCGGAGAGAGAGACCUUCAGCCCUCUGACGUUUGCCAUCGAUGCCGAGCCGAAGCCAAAGAUUGAGACGUUCCAGAAGUCGAGAGGUAUUGCUAGUGCUGCCGAGCACACCCACCUCGAGCAGCACUAUGGUACAAACACGUUUGACAUUCCGGUCCCCACGUUUUCCGAGCUCUUCAAGGAGCAUGCUGUUGCGCCAUUCUUUGUCUUCCAGAUUUUCUGUGUCGGACUAUGGAUGCUCGAUGAUUACUGGUAUUAUUCUCUGUUCACUCUGGUCAUGCUCGUGGCAUUCGAGAGCACCGUCGUCUGGCAGCGCCAACGGACCAUGAACGAAUUCCGGGGUAUGAGCCUUAAGCCUUACGACAUGUGGGUCUACCGUAUCGGCAAAUGGACCGAAAUCCAGAGCGACAAGCUCCUUCCCGGCGAUCUGGUCUCCGUCUCGCGGACAAAGGAGGACAGCGGCGUUGCAUGCGAUAUGCUUCUCGUCGAAGGAACGGCAAUCGUCAACGAGGCUAUGCUUUCCGGCGAAAGUACGCCUCUCCUGAAGGACUCGAUCCAGCUGCGGCCCGGCGAUGUGGCUCUUGACACCGAGGGCCUUGACAAGAAUGCCUUCCUGUGGGGUGGCACCAAGGUCCUGCAGAUCACCCAUGGAAAUGCUGAAGGCGACAAACCCAAGGUUGCCUCGGGUGUGCCGCCUCCUCCGGACAACGGCGCAAUGGCAAUAGUGACAAAGACCGGCUUCGAAACGUCUCAGGGCAGCCUUGUUCGCACCAUGAUUUACUCAACCGAGCGCGUCUCGGCGAACAACGUCGAGGCGCUGCUGUUCAUCCUGUUCCUCCUUGUCUUCGCCAUUGCAGCUUCCUGGUACGUGUGGGAUGAGGGUGUCAAGAAGGAUCGCAAGCGGUCGAAGCUGCUUCUGGACUGCAUCCUUAUCGUCACGAGCGUUGUGCCUCCCGAGUUGCCCAUGGAGCUCAGUCUAGCAGUCAACACCAGUCUGGCGGCGCUCGCAAAGUUCGCCAUCUUCUGUACCGAGCCGUUCCGGAUCCCCUUCGCCGGGCGUAUUGAUGUGGCUUGCUUCGACAAGACCGGGACUCUGACGGGAGAAGACUUGGUUGUGGAAGGCAUCGCGGGUCUUGGUCUUGGUCACUCUGGAACCGAUACUCCCCGAGAGUCUGAUGGCGCCCAUAGCCACAUGAGUGCCGUCCACGAGGCCGGAAUGGAGACUACUCUCGUCCUCGCGACAGCUCACGCCCUGGUCAAGCUCGACGAUGGGGAUAUUGUCGGUGAUCCCAUGGAGAAGGCGACGCUGAAUGCACUGGGCUGGGGUCUUGGUAAGAACGAUAUUUUGGCAAGCAAGCCAACUGCCGCGGCCGUUGGGGGAACAGUUGGCACUGUGCAAAUCAGGCGUCGUUUCCAGUUCUCUUCUGCCUUGAAACGCCAGAGCUCUGUCGCAACGGUCAAUGGCACCGACCCCGCCACGGGGAGGAAGGUCAAGGGAACGUUUGUUGGUGUCAAGGGUGCCCCAGAAACAAUCAUGAAGAUGCUUGUUACUGUGCCCGAAGACUACGAAGAGACGUUCAAGUACUUCACGCGAAGAGGAUCUCGUGUCUUAGCCCUGGCUUACAAGCAGCUCACUACCGACACUGAAUUGGGCUCGGGCAAGAUCAACGACUUGAAGAGAGAGAACGUCGAGGCCAAGCUCAACUUUGCUGGAUUCCUGGUUCUACAGUGCCCCCUGAAGGAUGACGCCAAGGAAGCCAUCCAGAUGCUGAACGAGAGCAGCCAUCGGGUUGUCAUGAUCACGGGCGACAAUCCGCUCACUGCCGUCCAUGUCGCCCGCGAAGUUGAGAUUGUCGAUCGCGAGGUCCUGAUUCUUGACGCGGCCGAGCCCGGUGACGGCUCCUCUCAUCUGAUCUGGCGCAGCGUUGAUGACAAGACUCGCAUCGAAGUUGACCCAACCUUACCGAUCGACCCUGAAAUUCUCAAGACAAAGGACCUUUGCGUUACCGGCCAUGGACUUGAAAAGUACAGGCACCAGCCUGGAUGGAACACACUGCUUCGCUAUACCUGGGUCUAUGCGCGUGUCUCACCAAAGCAGAAGGAGGAGAUCCUUCUGGGCUACAAGGAUAUGGGUUAUUAUACGUUGAUGGCAGGAGACGGAACAAACGACGUUGGGGCCUUGAAGCAGGCACAUGUCGGCAUCGCGUUGCUCAACGGGACGCCAGAUGAUCUGACCCGUAUUGCCGAACAUGCCCGCAACACCAAGAUGAAGGAGCUCUAUCAGAAGCAAGUCGAUUUGAUGAAGCGUUGGGGCCAGGCAGCUCCUCCAGCGCCGGCCCUGAUCGCCCACCUUUAUCCUCCUGGCCCGUCGAACCCGCACUAUGAGAAGGCCAUUGAACGCGAGGCUCUGAAGAAGGGCGUCACUCCCGAGGAAUAUGCCAAGGCGAACGGGUCCCAGAUCGAGACCAUCACAUCUCCUGCGGCCCAACAAUUGCUCGAUCAGGACUCCAAAAAGGGGAACAAGGCAAAGCAGGCCGAGGCUGCAAAGAAAGCCGCCAAUUUUGCCGACAAGUUCACUCAGAGUAUGAUGGAGACCGAGCUAGACGACAUGGAGCCGCCAUCUUUAAAGCUGGGAGAUGCUUCGGUUGCGGCGCCGUUCACGUCCAAGCUCCGAAACGUCAUCGCCAUUCCAAACAUCAUCCGCCAGGGACGAUGCACUCUCGUUGCGACGAUCCAGAUGUACAAGAUUCUCGCUCUCAACUGUCUUAUCAGCGCCUACAGCCUGAGUGUUCUCUAUCUCGAGGGUAUCAAAUUCGGCGACGGACAGAUCACCAUUAGCGGUAUGCUGAUGAGCGUCUGCUUCUUGUCCAUCUCGCGAGCAAAAUCUGUCGAAGGCCUGUCCAAGGAACGGCCCCAGCCCAACAUCUUCAACUUCUACAUCAUCGGGUCGAUUCUCGGACAGUUUGCCGUCCACAUUGUCACUCUCAUCUACAUUGCCCGUUUCUGCGACCAACUUGAGCCUCGUUCUGAGAUGGUCGAUCUUGAAGCCGAUUUCCAGCCCUCUCUGCUUAACUCGGCCGUCUACCUGCUCCAACUGAUCCAGCAAAUCUCCACCUUUGCCAUCAACUACCAGGGCCGACCGUUCCGGGAGUCGCUGUCGGAAAACAAGGGCAUGUUCUACGGCAUCCUCGGCGUGACGGGCAUCGCCUUCGCGUGCUCCACUGAGUUCAUCCCGGAGCUGAACCAGGCCAUGAAGCUGGUGCCCUUCAAGCCCGAGUUCAAGACCACGCUGACGACGGUGAUGAUCAUCGACUACGCCGCGUGCUGGGUCAUCGAGGUGGCGCUCAAGUGGCUGUUCAGCGACUUCCGGCCGCGCAACAUCGCCGAGCGGCGGCCCGAGCAGCUGGAGAGGGAGCGGGUGCGCAAGGCGCACGCGCAGCGCAUCAAGGACGAGGAGGAGGAGAGGAAGCGGCUCGAAAAGGUCGCCGAGUUUGAGCGCAAGGUGGAGGAGCGCACGAGGAAGCUUCAGCAGUGGCGGGCGGGGACGGGACCGCCGCGGAAUUGA